UGUGAGGCGGGGGAGGAGAUCAGGAAGAGAGGAGAGGAGUGAAGGAAAUUGCAGUAAGCGAGGAAGAGAUGGAAGAGGUGGUUGAAGAGAGCUCGACCAUCUCUCCGAGACCUGGGAUGGGCUCUGGGGCUCAGGUCGCGUCCGCCCCUCCCAUGCAAACGCAGUACAAUUCUCCGUCUUUGUCGAGAAAGCCAUUGCUAUCGAUCGUCCCAGCUAAUACAAAUGCUGCAAACACUGCCGUGCCAAAGUCUUCUCACACUCCAAACUUCUUCACACCUUUGGGUAGCCCGAUUAGGAGGGCUAUCCAACUCACCAAGCUCGACCCUCAGGAUGCUUGGCUUCCCAUCACUGAGUCAAGAAAUGGCAACGCAUACUACGCUGCCUUUCAUACUCUUUGUUCUGGAAUUGGAAUUCAAGCGCUUGUACUGCCUGUGGCCUUCACCAUUCUUGGAUGGACUUGGGGCGUAAUAAGCUUGACAGUGGCGUUUGUGUGGCAGCUUUACACGCUUUGGCUGUUGGUGAGGCUUCAUGAAUCCACUGAAACUGGGAUGCGUUAUAGCAGAUAUCUCCAACUUUUCAGCGCGACUUUUGGCGAGAAAAUGGGGAAGAUCUUUGCCCUGUUUCCAGUAAUGUAUCUAUCAGGGGGCACAUGUGUUGCCCUCAUAAUCGUUGGCGGUUCAACCACGAAACUUUUCUACCAAAUCGUGUGUGGCGGUCAUGGCUGCACAGAAAAACCGUUGACAAAUGUAGAGUGGUACUUGGUGUUUACAUCUGCUGCGGUGGUUCUGUCUCAGCUGCCCAACUUGAACUCCAUUGCUGGGGUGUCUCUAAUUGGUGCAAUCACAGCCGUAGGGUACUGCACUAUUAUGUGGCUGGUGUCCGUCACGGAGGGCAGGCUUGAUGGUGUUUCUUAUGAUCCAAUCAAGGAGAACGAAAAUAUGGCUACGAUUUUCAGCGUUCUGAAUGCACUUGGUAUCAUGGCUUUUGCUUUCAGAGGCCAUAACCUUACUCUUGAAAUUCAGGCAACCAUGCCUUCGAACGAGAAAAAUCCAUCACACGUGCCAAUGUGGGUAGGGGUGAAGGUCGCUUACGCAAUCAUCGCAGUGUGCUUGUUUCCCCUAGCCAUCGGAGGAUAUUGGGCUUACGGCCACAAGAUCCCAGCAAACGGUGGGAUGCUAACGGCAAUUUAUAAGUACCAUGGACGUGACACUUCCCAUUUUGUGUUAGCAUUAACAAGCUUAUUAAUCAUAAUUAACGCCGUGACAUCGUUCCAAAUAUACGGCAUGCCCAUGUUCGAUGACAUGGAGUCCAAAUACACCAAGAGGAAAAAGAAACCAUGCCCAUGGUGGCUGAGAUCUGUGUUCAGAGUGAUGUUUGGGUACGGAUGCUUCUUUGUGGCAGUGGCAAUCCCGUUCUUGGGCAGCCUGGCUGGUUUAAUAGGAGGGGUUGCAGUGCCCGUCACUUUUGCCUAUCCAUGUUUUCUGUGGUUGAAGAUUAAGAAACCCAAGAAAUAUAGCAUGAUGUGGUGGCUAAAUUGGGUGCUUGGACUUUGGGGCUCGGCUCUUAGCGUGGUGCUCAUCGCUGCUGGGAUUUAUGUUGUCAUUGACACUGGCGUUGAAGUUAGCUUUUUCAAGCCUCACUAGUCCAUACAUGAACGUACAACAUUAAUUUGGAUUGUAUUAUUGGUCGGCCUCUAGCCGUACGUUUAGUUUUACAUUUUUCAUUGUAAUGAACUUUUGUUCAUUUCUGAUCCUUUCAACCUUUCUUAGUUUAACAUGGCCUCGUUCUGAUAGUA